AAUCAGCUGUCAUUUUAAUGCCAUUUUCUCGGAAAGACAACACCGAGUGAGAGAAAAUCGGCCGCAGUUCCACAAGAAGCCAGAACGAUAAUGAUGGACUGUCAAUCCAUAAUGAGGAACUAUUCACGAUAUUUACUUAUCGUUUUCAACUUGAUUUUCGCGCUCACUGGUAUUUUGAUUGUUUCAAUCGGAGCCACCGUGAAAGCGUACUACAAUGAGUAUCAGAGCUUCUUGGACAACAAGUUCGUGUACUCGUCCGACCUUCUGAUUGUGAUAGGUGUCAUCAUAUUCAUUAUCGCGUUCUUCGGCUGUUGCGGUGCCAUAAAAGAGAACUCUUGCAUGACUACAACGUUCUCCAGUUUGCUGGUGGUCGUGUUCAUACUUGAAAUUUUGGUGGGAAUCGGCGGUGUGCUGUUGAAGGGACGUACCACGGAAAUAGUCGAGAAUGCUCUCUUCGAUACGAUGAAGGAAUAUGGUGAACCCAACUUUAACGAAACCACCGCUCUUUGGGAUCAGGUUCAACAAAGGUUCCAUUGCUGUGGUGUUGACACGUAUUAUGAUUGGUUUAAUCACACAAACACCACAAAAAACACUUUGCCAGUUUCUUGUUGUAAGAUUGAGACUGGAACUUUGGGUAACUUUACUUGUGACGUCAAUAGCAACAGUCUGUACAAGCAGGGUUGCUUACAAAUCUUUUCCGAGUAUAUCAAAGGACAUGCUGCUACUGUUGAAGGAGUGGGAUUAGGUCUUGCCAUUAUUCAGUUGCUUGGCAUCUUAUUGGCCUGUUAUUUGUCCAAACAAAUCAGGAGUGACUAUGAAACAGUUUAACUGAAUCGUUUCAAAACCAAAGUUAAUAAUUACUACUUACAUUUAGCCCCUAAAGUAAUACCCUAGGUUGUUUAUCAAAUUCAAUUUGUUAAGAUAUGUGAUAAUUCUGUGUGGAGAUUUUGACUGGAGCGUAUUUCUUUCUGUUUAUUAAUUCAUUGAAUUUGAUAGGCAUGUAGAUAUUGGAUAGAGUUAAUGAUUUUUUAAUAAAUUUAAUGACCUCCGA